AGGCAGACAAUGGAGAGGAAAGCUUUGAGCGUGGUGUUGAUCGUGGCUCUCCUUGCCACCUCUUUCCUCGAGCUUGAAGCUCGAGUGGAAUUCUUCACUUCAGGAGUUAUAAUGCUUUUUUCAGUUAAUGGCGGUGAAGAUGAGCCAUGCUGUGACCGAUGCAUUUGCGCUCUAACCUGGCCACCGCAAUGCCAAUGCUUCGAUGUGAAGAGCUACUGCCACAGUUCAUGCAAGAAUUGCGUUUGCACCAGGUCCAUUCCCCCUCAAUGCCGCUGUUUGGACAUCAAGCAGGACAAAUGCGACAAGGCUUGCACGACUACAGGCGUUGAGAAGUAACAAGGACCACUCGUACAGGUCUAUCUUUUAUAUGUCUAAAUAAAUGAAAAGUGUCUUAAUUAGGAUGAUGCUCCGGUUGGGAUGACCGGUUCUUUGUAAUAAUUAUGGGAUGCUCCAGUGUCCUUUUUUUUUGUGUGUUUGAUGUGUAGGUGAUCUUAACCAACUGUCGUCUGUUUAGUAUGCUGUGACCCACUUGAUGAAUGGAUAGGCUGAUGUUGGCUGGGAUUGAC